GAAACACUAAAUUGAAUCCAAACACAAGACAUAAGAACGAGAGGGUUUGGAGUAAAUAGAAAGAGCCAAAAAUUUAAUUUUCCCUCUUGCGAAUGUUGAAGCUCUGCUGAAUGGUGAUAGCGGGAAAAUAUGAUGCAAUUGCAAGCCAUUCCCAAAAUGGCUACUGCCGGCUCCGUUAGUACCUUCACGACCACCCUACUCAAUCUCCCUCCCAAUGUUUCUUACCUUUUCCGGUCACGGGGGACGCUGAUUCAGACGGAAAUAGGAGCUUCCGCUUACUUUCUCACUACUACGAAACUUCGUUUGCUUCACUCUAAAACCACUGUUGCAGCACUUGAAAACGAGUUUUCCUCCGCCAAAUUUACCGAUACCUCGCAGGGUGUCCGAUUCGGUGGUGAAGAGUUUUUGACAAGAUUACUUGCCAGAAGAUGGACGUUGGCUAACCCCGAUACCAAAAUAAGCAAAGUUAUGUUCUCAGCUACAGAUACAAACAUCCAUGAUUUUUCAGCCAGUCAUCUCUUCUUGGGAGUAGAUACUGAUAUCUGUAUGCCUAAUGAUGUGUUGGGGACAGAUUAUUCGAACCAAUCAUUCUAUAUAGUUAGGGAUGAUUUAUUGCAUCCGCUCAUAAAUGGUAACAAGGCAAGAAAAUUGGAUGGGGUUCUACCUCUUAUUGAAGAUAAUUCAGUGACUGACGUGGUUACUUGUGGGGGUUGUCAAAGUGCACAUGCAGCUGCUACUGCUGUUUUAUGUGCAGAAAGAGGUUUGAGGUCACAUCUACUUCUACGAGGAGAGCAACCUGAAUUUUUAACUGGAUACAACUUGAUGUCAACAAUAUAUGGAAACGUCACAUAUGUUCCAAGAUCUAUUUAUGCCAAUAGGGAAAAAGUGCUCAAGAGUCAAGCUGAUUUAGUGGCCGGCAAUAGUGGCAGUGUCUUAUGGUUCGAUGAUAUUUUAUCCACUUCUCUUGGGAAGCAACCACGUUCACAUGGAAGAAGGGUUAUAGUCAUCAACGAAGGAGCUGGAGAUGCUAUCGCGUUGCUAGGUUUAAUUCGACUCGUGAAGUACCUUUCCCAGGAUCAUUUACUUGGGAAACAUAGGGUCAUUAAAUUUGUUGUAGAUGCCGGCACUGGGACAACUGCUAUUGGUUUGAGUCUUGGAGCUCUAUGUUUAGGGCUCCCGUGGGAGGUAACUGCAGUGAUGCUGGCUGAUAGAAUUGACGGAUAUAAACGGCAGGAGAAGCGUUUGAUUUCUGAAUUCAGGAAGCAUUUUGACGUUCCUCUUGACCUAGGCAGGGAUGAAGAAGUAAAUGGGGGAAUUGUAAAUUGGGUAGAGCGCCUCCGUCAAAGAAAAUUUGGCAAUGUGCUGGAUGGAGAAGUGGAGACAUGCAGACAAAUUGCUCAGAAAACCGGUAUUCUUGUAGAUCCUAUUUACACUCUAGCUGCUUGGGAAAUGGCUGCUUUUCUUUCUCAAAAGGGAGUCAAUGCGAAUGGAGAUCUGGUGGUAUUGCUUCAUACUGGUGGUACUCUGGGCUUGUUUGGACUAGCUCAAAGGUAUAAAUCUUAUUUUAAUGAUCUGAAAAAUUUUGUUCCCUAAUUAACAAUUGUAGAAUAACAACUCAAUUUUUGAAAUGACCGAGUUCUCUCGCUCCAUCUCUGUAAGAGUGCGUGAUUACUAGGUGGAAGAAAAUGGUGCUUAGUAAGGUUCUCAUGGUUAAUAAAAUGAUAUAUUAGUAUGCGUGUGUAUGUAUAUAUAUUUGGCCAAAUAUUUGUUUUUCCUCU